UCUUUAUAAGACUCUUCUCACAACAUUUUCCAUUCUCAUGCAUCAUAAGUGUUCUUUCAUCCCCCUUAGUUUCUUUCAUCACUUACUUUUCUACUUCUCGCACCAACUAUUGUUGAUCUCCGAUUUCAUCUGCCUCUAGAAAACUAGAUUUUACAUUUUGUUUGAAACAUCAUCGAUGGCAACAGGUUCAUUAUAUUGGCCAAGAGUGAUUAUUACUUUUGCAACUUUCUAUCAAAGAAAGUCAUUAACUACGUUGAUGGUAAACCAUAUACUUUAUUGAUUGGUUAAACAACUGUGGUUUUCUUGAUUAAAAACAAUAAAAUAUCACUUAUCUUUUUCCAACCACAAUGAAAAGACUUAUAUUAUAUAUACGGGCAAUACUAGAAACAAGGAAACAUCUUUAUUGCUUCACUACAAAAGUAUGCUUCAACAAGUUACAAAAAGCUAAGAAGAUGGGUCCUAAAAGUAACAAAGAUGCCGAGUUUGGUUAUGGAGCCGAUGAAGUUGAUUCGGUGAAAGCUUUGCAUCCUGGCUUAAUAUAUGACGCUAAAGAAGAGGAUUAUAUUAAGAUUUUAUGUGGACAUGGCUUAACUACAACCGCUCUACGAUCAAUCACAGGAGAUGAUAACAAUUGCUCAAAAAUAACAUCUGCACCGGCAAGAGAGAUUUGAACUAUCCAUCAUUUGCUUUAAAAGCCUCACAUCCUAAACAACAUGUUAGUGGGAGAUUCCAUAGGACUGUCACCAAUGUUCGAUAUAUGGAGUAUUGAAGAAACAUGUUAAGUCAGUUUUUAUAAUUUAGGAUGAUGGAUAUUUUAAAGUCAGAAGUCCAAUUAUUGUUUUCGACGAACGAGCCGAGAAAGUUGCAACAUCUUCGAGUGGAAAAUUUGUUAUUAUCACUGUUGUUAUUAUUUGUAUUAAUUAUUUUAUUUUUACUAUUAUUUUUAUUAGAUAUAUGAAGUUGUGUACUUUCCUUUACAAAUGUAGAGCUCAUGUGUUGUUUUAUAAUAAAGAAAUACAAAAGUCUCAAUUUAUAUUAGAA